AUGACGUCGUUUAUGGGUCACCAGUCUCGUGGUGAGACCAUCGGAUACUCCUUCUCUGAGCCAACAGCUGCUCCUGUCAAGCAACACUCCUUCUACCCCUACACUGACAAUGGCGGCUCCACCCUGGGUAUCACGGGCUCUGAUUUUGCCAUUCUCGCCGGCGAUACCCGCUCCACAUCUGGAUACAAUAUCAAUUCUCGCAUGGUUCCCAAAGUCUUCAGAAUUGGCGGUGAUGACGAAACUGGUGAAGGUGCUCAGAUUCUACUCUCCGUCGUUGGGUUUGCCGCGGAUGGUAACGCCCUCAAGGAAAGGCUGGACACGAUGGUGAGGAUGUACAAGUAUCAACACGGCAAGUCUAUGUCGGUCGGAGCAUGUGCGCAACGAUUGUCGACAAUUCUCUACGAGAAGCGGUUUUUCCCCUACUAUGUACACGCCAUUCUGGCCGGUCUGGAUGAGGAGGGCAAGGGAGCAUUGUACAGUUACGACCCGGUUGGCUCGUACGAAAGAGAGCAGUGCCGUGCUGCUGGGGCAGCAUCGAGCUUGAUCAUGCCGUUCCUGGACAACCAAGUCAAUUUCAAGAACCAAUACAUCCCAGGAAGUGGGGAGGGACAUGCACUGGAACCCAAAAAGGCUGAGCCUCUUCCCAAGAACACAGUCAAGCAGCUUGUACGGGACGCAUUUACAAGUGCCGUCGAGAGACAUAUCGAGGUUGGUGAUGGCUUGCAAAUGAUGAUUAUUACCCGGGAAGGAAUUGAGGAGGUGUACCACCCUUUGAAGAAGGAUUAG